AUGCCUCCAGUGCAACACCCAUACCCUGGGCUCUUCGGCCCUGGCAAAGGUAUACGAGCUUUCACUGGCCGUCUCCGCAAUGGGCACCCUCAUCCAAUCUUGAUCAAUGCACAAGAUGGCCAUCCUUACCCUCUGGGAGGACGUACUACUCGGUGUUCCUCGCCCACGACGCCUCCAGCCGAACGGCGUGCCUAUGCAGCACGAGAGCAGGCUCGCAAGGCCAAGACCCAUUCUUCAACCAGCGAUACUUCGGAGAGGUCAAUUUCAGUCCCACCGCAGGCACGUCACACCCAUGCUCAUCGAGGAGUGCAUUCAAGGCGAGAGUUUGAGCCCGAGCUUGAGCAUCUGCCACACAGGCACAAGCAUGCAACUAGGCACCAUGGGAAGGCAUCAAAGCCUGUCAAUCCACCACGACGGCCUGAUAGUGAUAUUGAAUCCCACUGGAGUACCAACGUGCAUGUCCCACGGACCCAUCACGAUCCUUACCACCGUCAUCAUCAUCAUCAUCAUCAUGCCGCUCAUCUCGAUCAUGUCGUGUUCAAGGCGCCCUUGAAUUGUCAGUGCCCUGAUUGCCUUGAGGAAGCUCAGCCGGGUCAUCCUCAGCCCGUUGAGAACACCAGAGAUGAUCCUGUGCCGACCAAACGCAUCUACGAUCAUCAUUCGCACUCCUUCGGAACUCAACCUGUUCCUGUUGAUCCCCGGAUCGUCUGUAGCUGUGGAUUCGUGCAUGCUGAACCUGCGCGGCGGCAGUCAUCUCGGUCUACAAGCCCUGAAAAACAUCGAAAGGGACAUUUUAAACACUCAACCGAGCCAGAGGGAGGCCGGUCUCAUCGCCACCGCCAUAUUCGACACCGCCGCGACACGACUGAUUCGUCCUCUGACAGGACAAAUGCCGAGGUAAAUGACACGAGCUCGGAGAGCGAUGGGGAGACCAGGACUGGUGGAGAUGAGAAGGGUGAGUAUGAUUUGCCGAGUGAUUGGCAGUUCUGCAAUGAAUUCUGCUGUGGACAUCCCGUAUUUUAUAUUCUGCGAUGA